AUGGCCAUCCCAAGUCACAUCACUGCCGAGAAUUUCUCUGGCCGGUUCAUCCUGAACAAGACUUUAUCUGAUAAUCCCGAUGCUGUUCUUGCUAUUCAAGGAAUCGGAUACCUGAUGCGCAAGACCAUGGCCAUGGCGACACCGCAGAUGGACGUCCAUCAAUCGACAGACGACUCGGGAACUGUUCAUCUGACUCUGGCGGUGACGGUGGGAGGCAAAGAGGCCAACAAUGAGCUCUCAAUGGACUGGAACCCGGUUACCAAGGAAGAUGGGCCUUUCGGCGCAGUUGAGCGCCGCUCUAGAUACUGUGCCAUCUCGGAAAUCGAUCUAGCCUGCAGCGGCGCCAAUGCAAGCUUCCUCAAAGGCCAGACACUGGCAGACGGACACACCCCGUCUGCAUGGCUGGAAGAAGCGGCGGGCCAGAGAAACAUCCAGCUAUAUGGAAAAGGAGUCAAGGACGGCUGGACGUACGAGCAGGUCUGGGGGUUUGAAGAGAUCGGGGGGAAGCGGUAUCAUACCCGGCGCAUUGUUGCGGUGCAUGGGAACAAGGACGCCCGGGCGAGAUAUGUGUAUGAGUUUGUUAAUUAG